AUGGAGAACAGAGUAACCAGCCCGUCUAUUUUUCAGUUGGAGACGAUGGAAUUGAAGAGAAUGAUGAAGGAAUCAGGAGGCGGAAUUACAGAGGAAUCACCAAUUUCAAAGCCUCAAAUUUCAAACGUUCCCAUUGCCACGCCAUCUCCGAAACAAAACUCUAAAAAUUCCAGCGUUGUCGUUGCCAUGCCUUCUUCUUCCCCAAAAUCUGUCCGAAAGAAAAAAAAAGAUUAUCUGCAAAGAGGGCAAUGGCUUCGCGCAGCUGUUCUAGGAUUGAACGAGGGAGUUGUGAGCACAGCGUGGCUGAUGAUCGGCACGGGCGCAGGAAAAUCCGGCGCAAAAACCAUGUUGGAGGCGGGGCUGGCGGCUGUGGCGGCGGGGGCAUGUAGCAUGGCCAUUGGUGAAUUCAUUUCUGUGAAAAUACAGCACGAUGUGGAACUGGCAAACUUCCAGAGAGAGAACAAGUCCCUCAAGGGAUUCGAACACGCCACGUUUAUAAUUAGCCUUCCAGAUCCUAUUGAGGCGGCCUGCGCAUCGGCUCUUGCCUUUUCUGUGGGAGCACUUUUCCCCUUAAUCUCUGCGGUUUUUGCAACUCAGUAUAUAACUCGAGUUGGGUUGCUGGCUGGGGUUUCCAGUUUGGUUCUCAUCUUGAUUGGCGCUAUUGGAGCUUACUUUGCUUGCUCUUCUAUUAUGAAAGGGAGUUUAAGAGUGCUGUUGGGAGGAUGGAUUGCCUGUGUAGUAAGCUUUGGCUUGCGCAGGCUCUUUAACAGUAGUGAACAACAGUAUGAAGUAUGA